AUUUAUUUAUACACAGAGGUCACAGCCAUGCCAUGCCUCCUUUCCAUCUCUCCAUCUUUUCAAAAUUCUCUCCCAAGUCCCACCCCACAAGCAAAGCACCCUUAACAUUUUUUUACUCUCUCUUUUUCUCUCUGCCCCAUUUUGCUUUUCUGGGUUUCUGUGCUGAUCUACUUUCACAAUGGGCUUCUCCCAAGGACCCUGCACUGAUUCCAGGGACCUUUCCAAUGCCUCAGCUCCAACCCCAUUAGUUGUAGAUCACUACUGUAACUACAACAAGCUCAAAUUCCAAACCUUUCUCAGAAAAAUGAUCUGGGAAUUCGGCCUCGCCUGCGUCGCCACCCCUUCCCGGCGCCGGAGAAGCUCCGAGGGGACUCCGAGCGACGGCAAGAAGGCCAGUUUGGAGCACAACAAGGCGUGGUUGCUCGCAGAGUCUGGUGGGUGUGGGGCGGAAUUGACCAAUGCUGACCCUCAAUCGGUGCACUCCUCUUUUAGGUUUAGUUUCUGCUCUCAGGUUGAGUUGGAGUCACUCAACAUGAGUUCGUCUUCCGCUGCAACGGUUUUGAUGGUGAAUUUGGACAAUGGGGUGAGCGAAUCUCGCGCCAGGGAAAUCAAGUGGAGGAGGAUGGAGUCCUUGGAGAAGAGCAUUUCCCCUGUGGCUCACUCCUUGAUCAGGUUCAGCUUUGGUGAAAUCAUGUCUGCUACUAGGAAUUUCUCCAAAGGGAGGGUGUUGGGGAGAGGGGCGUUGAGCUGUGUUUUUAGGGGGAGAGUUGGGCUUUUAAGGACUGCUGUGGCAAUUAAACGGUUGGACAAGGAAGACAAGGAAUCUGCCAAGGCCUUUUGUAGAGAAUUGAUGAUUGCUAGUUCUCUCCAUAGUUCAAAUGUUGUUCCCCUUUUGGGGUUUUGUAUUGAUCCUGAGGAGGGUUUGUUUUUGGUGUACAAGUAUGUCUCUGGGGGCAGUUUGGAGCGCCACUUGCAUGGAAGGAAGAAGGUUAGUUCAACACUUCCUUGGUCUGUGAGGUACAAAGUGGCAAUUGGGAUUGCUGAAGCUUUGGCUUAUCUGCAUAGUGGAACUGAAAGAUGUGUUGUGCACAGAGACAUUAAGCCCUCAAACAUUCUGCUUUCUUCAAGGAAGACUCCCAAGCUAUGUGAUUUUGGAUUAGCUACAUGGACUUCUGCACCUUCGGUUCCUUUCCUUUGCAAAACUGUCAAAGGAACAUUUGGAUAUUUGGCUCCUGAAUAUUUCCAACAUGGUAAAGUAUCAGAUAAGACAGAUGUUUAUGCUUUUGGAGUGGUUUUAUUGGAACUCAUUACUGGCCGGAAGCCAAUUGAAGCAAGAAGACCUUCGGGAGAGGAGAACUUGGUCUUAUGGGCUAAACCUUUUCUACAGAAAGGCAAAGGAGCCAUUGAAGAGUUGCUUGAUCCUCAACUCAAGUGCAGUCUGAGAUUCUCAAAUCAAAUGGGUAGAAUGAUUGAAGCCGCAGCUGCCUGUGUCACAAAUGAAGAAUCUCGAAGACCCGGCAUCAGUGAGAUUAUUGCAAUACUGAAAGGUGAAGAAGAACCUCUUUUGUCUAAGAGAAAGAAGUCCAGUUUUCUUGGGAAUGGAUGCGUGAUUGAUUGUUAUUCUCAGUUACAACAAACAAACAAUGAGAUGAAAAGUCACUUGGCUUUAGCAAUGCUAGGAGUUGCUGAGUUUGAGGAUGAUGAUUAUCUCUAUGGUCGAUGAAAACAUGUUGACAACCCUUAAAUAACUUUUUACCUUGAUUGUCACUAAGAGUGCUAAUGAUUAGAUGCGAGCGAGUUGAAAUUGUAAAUAGAAAUAGGAGUUAAGGCGAAGAUUGUGUGUAGAUACUCCCCUUUUCUCGAAAGGGUAAUAGAUUUUCAUUCUUUGUUUGUGCUUCAUGUUCGUAAAUUUUAUGAUUUAUAUCUGAUCCUUCUUGUUCACAAGCACCUGUUUUUGGUGGGAUGGGGUAAUAGCCUUCAUUUCAAUGAAAACGUUAGGUUGAGGAGUAGCU